GCGGCUGCUCGGGACGCGGCAGGUAAAGCAGCGGGGCGGGAGCAUCUCUGCAUUCCGCAUCCCGGCAUCCCGCAGACCCCCGUCCCGCUGCUCCCCCGCCGGGAGCCGCGCUGGGGCGGGUUCGGCAGCCCGGGGCGCGGCUCUGUGCGGCAAAAGCGCUUCUGUUAGGGAGCGAGAGCCCGAGCGCAGCCGGGUGGUGCCUCCCGACCUCAGAUAGGCCCGACGGGAGCGCGUGUCGUGGGGACGGUAUGUGCUGCCCGGGCACCGGCACAGCGCGGGGGGCGCGGGCGCUGCCAGGUGUUUCAGCCCACAGUUGCAAUGCAGCACAGGAUAAGCAGAGCUGGUUCCCGCAGCAGGUUCCAGGGUGCUGAGAAGGGCAUAGGACAGCUCUCCAGUGGCUGAGGCAACCCUGCUCUCUGUUUGCAUACAGGUACUGCCUGUCAUUAUGAGCUCAUUUCCUAGAGGGAUAGUAGCCCACUGAUGUUAAGUGUCCCAUCUGAAGACGGCUUGAUUUGGUUCCUUUCCACCACUAAGGACUGUGGUUGGUGAAUGUACUUGCCAUACCUUCUCUAAGUUAAUGAUGUGCCAAGGACAGGUGUGAAGCUGCUCUUUCUCUGGAUGUUGGUGCGGUAUCUUCUUAAGGCGUCGUGCCCCCUUGGGCCCACUUGCAGCACAGGAUAUGGAGGCUCUUGAAGUUGAUGACAUUAGCCCUGCCUUGGAAGUGACUGAAGACUUUUUCAAUAGUUUUGAUACUAAGCUUGAAAAGAUUGUGCAGCCCUCCGAGGUGUACGGUGUACAGGAGGUCCCCGAGCUGGUUGGGCACGAGGUAUUUGAUCAGAUAACAGAGAGCAGGAAUCUGAGGAACGUUGCAUCCUUAGCCAAAAGUAGCCUCAUCUGGGAUCACUGCAAAAACGGCCUCUUGGAAACCAAAGCUCAGACAGCAUUCCCUGCCAAAGACCAGCGUGUGGUGCAGAGAGGAACAGCUGCCGAUGGCCUUGCUUGGGCAGGGGAAGGGGAGACUGCGUCUUUUAACAUCUUCAAUAUCUGCCAGCGGAGGAGAGACAGGCCUCGCUCAGUGAAUGACAUCCUGGUGCAGAAUGAGGAAACCUCCACAUUCAAGCCAGGACACACCAGGUCACGCUCUGAUAUCAGCCAUAUAAACUGGGGAGUGGUCUUCACAGGCAAUUCCCUGCAGCAGCCACUUGCGCCUGGUCAGGACAAUAACUGCACUCUGCUCUCUUACUUGGCAUUAACCAAAGCAGAGGACAUCCAAGGAAACACAGAACACAAGCAAAUGUUCCCAAAUAUUCUGAAGAAGGGAUACUUAGAAAUUAGAAGAGGCAAUGACAACUACUGGCAGACCUGCUAUGCUGAGCUCUCCCCAUACAAACUGUACCUGUAUUGCUUGGACAGCAGUGGCAACCAGACUCUUCCCACCGUGUAUCCACUCAUGCAUUUUCAAAGGGUCACUGUUACUGGUUGCAUUGAGACCAAGGUGGUUGACGCUGUCCUGUCAGACAACUCGCAGCUGCAGCUGAAGGCAGAGUCCUCGUGGGAGGCUUUGGACUGGGGACAGAAGCUCUGGGAAGUGGUGCGUGCUUCUGUGCCUGCUUUCACGAGGCAGCAGGAGAAACUGGAGAAUGUACCAAAGACUGAAAAUAACAGUGACCUUUCUCAAACCAGUGGAUUGUUAGAGAAGCCCAUGGAGCUCUUCCUGUCCAUGAAUUUAACUGAGAACACUAAAGAGUACAAAAAUAUUCUCAAAUCAGGGACUCUUUACAGGUUAACUGUCCAGAAUAACUGGAAGGCAUUUACCUUUGUCUUGAACAGGUCUUAUCUCAUGGCAUUCCAACCGGGUAGGCUUGAUGAAGAUCCUCUGCUGAGCUACAAUGUCGAUGUGUGCCUGUCGGUCCAGACGGAUACUCAGGAUGGCUGUGACUCUUGCUUUCAGGUCAUUUUUCCUCAAGAUGUCCUCCGCCUGCGUGCAGAGACCCGUCAGAGGGCCCAGGAAUGGAUGGAGGCACUGAAAGCCGCGGCCAACGCUACUAGAAGUUUAACUCAGAACCCACAGGUCACACUUAGGAACAAACCUGGAGAUCGACCCUUUGGAAAUGAUCUUAGAAAAAGCAAGCGUCAGUCUGUGACUACCAGCUUCCUGAGCAUCCUGACCACACUGUCUCUAGAGAGAGGGCUCACAGUUCAGAGCUUCAAGUGUGCAGGCUGUCAACGCUCCAUAGGCUUGUCCUAUGGGAAAGCCAAGGUGUGCAGCUAUAGUGGAUGGUAUUACUGCAGCACCUGCCAUGUGGACGACAGCUUCCUCAUCCCUGCACGGCUGGUUCAUAACUGGGACACUUCCAAAUACAAGGUAUCAAAGCAAGCCAAAGAGUUCCUGGAAUACGUUUAUGAGGAGCCGUUGAUUGAUAUCCAGCAGGAAAAUCCCAUGUUGUACAAUCACGUUGAACCUCUGGCAACUGUUGUCCGCCUGAGACAGCAGCUAAAAUCUCUCCGAGCCUAUUUGUUCAGCUGCAGAGCAGCAGUAGCGGAAGAUCUACGUAGAAGGAUCUUUCCCAGAGAGUAUCUUCUCCAGCAAAUCCAUCUUUAUUCUCUUGCAGACCUUCAGCAGGUUAUUGAAGGAAAGCUGGCUCCUUUCUUGUUGAAGGUGAUCAAGUUUGCCACCUCUCAUGUGUACAACUGCAGCCUUUGUAGUCAGAAGGGUUUCAUCUGUGAGAUUUGCAACAAUGGAGAAAUCCUUUAUCCCUUCGAAGAUGUUUCUACAAGCAGGUGUGAAAGUUGUGGUGCUGUCUUCCAUGCUGAGUGCAAAGUGAAGGCUGUCCCGUGCCCCAGGUGUGUGCGUAAAGAAUUGCAGAAGAAGCAGAAAUCCUUCUGGAGGCGACUGAAUAUGGAUGAAAACUUCGAGGAGUCUUGCAACAUGUUUGAAUUGUCAUAUCAGAACACAUGAGUUCCUUCAGGCGGUGGCCAGCCUGAAGAGAAUCCCUUUCCCAGCUGCCAACUCAAGCAACUUCUCAGCUUAGCCAGGCAGAAAUCUUUCUGCAAAAUAAUAGCUGACCUUCUUCAUCUGCGAAUAGCAGCUGCCAAAGUGGCCAUAAAGCCUUGUUGGCUUUGAAAUACCAAUGGCUAAACUGCAUUUUGCAUUGAAGUCCACCCGCUAGCUCUUAUACAAAAUGUGGUUUACUUGAAAUGCUUUAGGUCUAGCUAGGUAAGCACCCAACUUUUUCUUUUCUACCUAUGGAGAAGACUUUCCCUCAAGGCAGGAAAUAUUUCCUGCCAUGUUCACAUUAUUUUUUGUGUUGUUCAUCUAGAAAUAAUGAAUUAUCUACUUAUUUAUGUGUAUUAUUUAUUUAUUAUUAGCCUCAGCAGAGGUUCUGGUGAGGUGUUUCACAGAACCUAAUAGGGCAAAAACUAUUUUAAAUCCGCCUGCUCCUUCUGAUAUGGACACAUGAUUCCAUUUCCUCAUGUUUCCAGAGGAAACAUGUUUUUAAAGGAUCAGUGCAUUUACAUGUCACUCCUCCCUGAGGAAAGAAAAGUAUGUCCCAUCAAACUUUUUUCAGGGUGCUUACAAACACAAGACACAGUAAUUCCUCCAGCUAUGUUUAUGUAUUUAUAACCACCCCAAUGAACUAUUCUAUACGCAGAUAAGCAGGGGACUUGCUGCUGUUUUCGUUCAGGCUGGGUAUAUCGGUCAAGCUCUGUCACUGAAGUUCAUUGAGUUUUACUCUGGUUAUUCUUGAUCUCUGUGAGUCCACGUCCUCGUUUCCAAUAACAUGAUGAUGGUUCUGACCUUCUGCUACUCUUAUGUUUUUAAGACCUUUUAAGUGUCUACAUUUGCUUUGUUUUUAUUUCAUGAAGUUUACUUUCAUUGUUUUCCUAACCUGAACCUAUUAGACUGUUAGUCAGGGAAGUGUUCUUACCCGCAUUAGUUAGAAAAUACCUCCAAAAUUGCGAAACACUAGUUUGCUGUGCUCAUGUGCAGUUUGUGUCCUGCAUUCUCUGUGAGCUCUAAGGGACCUUAUACUUCUGUAGUGACUUCAUGGUAAGGAGCGAAGUUCUUUCAGGUAUGGCUCUGCUCCACACACCUGGAACACAGGGAAGUAUUAAACACAGUAAAUUACAUAUAUGGAUUUAACUGGGGAGGUGUGUGUCGUCGCUGGCAGUAUGUUUAAUUCAUUGCAGCUUCACCUCCGGUGAGCACUUAGGGAUUGUCCUCUCUUCAAUCCACAUUCUCAGCUUUUUCUCCAGACCCUGCAGUUAUGUGUGUACUCAUACACAUGAAAGCAAUCAUAUAUAUAUAUAUGUGUACACACACACAGGUCUAUAUAAAGAAAGCAAAUAUGGUUUCAGGAGAAAAAAGCCAGUCACAUGCAUGUGUAUUUCUAUUCUCUACUCACAAAUGUUUGUGAAAAUGAAGAAUACUCAUCUUUGCUUCCUAUGUAAUCUGCAGGUUCUUGUAUUUGAGGCAGAAAGUAGUCUUGAUCGUUGAAGCACUUCACUAAUUGCUGGAGUAUUUUACAUAAAAGAACAGGGUACAUCAUGCUUACAUUAAAAGGUAGAAUGCUACAACGAAUUGCCUUGUACUGGAGCGCAAGCAGUUCCGUUUUCCAGCCUCCAGUCAAAGAAAGUAGCUGAAUCUGAGCUUUUUCAAACUUGAGUGCAACUACUAUAUAUAUAAGCAUGUUUAUACCUGUAUACAUUAGACAACCAGUGCCUUUCUUUUCCAAAAGUCCUUCUUUCAGUGGGAUUCUUUGAGAGGAAGUGAGGGGUUUUCCAUGUUCUUGGCACAAUAGUGUAGGGGUUCCCAUCUUUUAUAAACCUGGUGAAUCAUACACCUUUGUCGCUAAAAUUAAUACUUCUCCUACGUGGCGAUGUUUCUGUCUCAGCUCACUGUUCCUCACGUGAAAUGAAUUUGGUUUUGACUAUCAUCCUUAAAGAUACAAUGUUCCUUGCGAGUCCAUUCCCACAUGAAGAAUUCCCUGCAUGUUCACAAAUGCAAACACUGGGGUAGUAUUGUGGAAUUAGUCAUGCAAACAGGAACUGCAGUGGUGCUGGCUGAAUAAACAUGACGCUCCGCUGUUUUUCAGCAUGUGUCACUACAGCCGGUGCUGGGGCAAAGCCAGUAGCUCUGAAGCUGUCAGAAUCUGGCAGGUACUAUUUUGAAUUAACUCUACGCAUAACGGUGGGUCAGUAAACUAAAAAAAGUUGGUGUUUUUCAUAUCAUCGUGCUCUGGUAUUUAAGAUACCUCACAGCACUGGAUCAAGUCCAGUCUAAGUGGUUUAGAGAGGGCUGUUUGUCUGUACUGUCAAAAACCCUGUGGAGGCAAAGAAUCAAGAUUCAGCCAUUGCAGACUAUUAGUUAUUGUGACAGAUGUCCCGAUCUCCAAAGUACCAGUUGUGUGGGUGGUUAGGUAUUCUAGCUGAAUUCUGGAAUAACAACAUAGACACCAUUGGCGUUACUCUGGGUUUGUGCAGAUAUUACAGAACAGUUUAUUUGCUAAGUGAGAUUUACAGAAAAAGAGUAGGAUGUCAGUGAAACUGCUGGAAUUUGUCAUGGGUCUGAAACCACUGCCAUUAUUAAUGGCAAAGAGCAAAAGAACAUUGUUACAAUAUGCUCGCAGCGCCCAAAGCUUUAUGUAAAAGGAUACUUCACAAUACGUAUCAGGUUAAUUUCUUUAAAAUCCAGUAUUGUUGUAAACAAGCCAGUUGCUAAAAUUGACACACGUUCAUUUCUACCUUGGAAAAGUAAUAUAGCUUCUCAUGGUAGUUAUAGGAGCAGACUGUAAUACAGAAGAUGCUUUCCUCUCAGGGAUGCCUAGUUCCUGUCCAAAGAAAGUUAUUGAAUAUGGACGGUUAAGAUGAAAUCUUGUGUUGCUGCCUUUUGUAGGUGGAAUGAAAUGCUUGAUCCUGCCCUCAGAAGGUGCGGCUGCUGUAGGAAGAAGCCCUAUUUAUUUUUCAGGGUUGCAAGGCAAAAGAAUAAACUGAAACUACUGCUCACGUUACUAACUCUUGAAAGAUCCAAAUCUAAAAGGGCAGCUUUCCAGCAAGAGCUGUGUGCUAGCAGGAGACAUCCUGGGCUUCUGUAGGUGAUUUGGGGCUCAGGCAAUACUGCACCCUUGCAUGGCUGUCUCUGCUGUACUGACAGUGCCGUAUGCUGGUCCGCAGUGCUACUCUUCUCCCUUUCUGCAGCCCAUAGCCUGCACAUUCUGCUUUGCAGACUUUUGGAUGGGCAUCAGCUGGAAAAGUACUUGCAGUCUUUCCAGAUUGCAAAACUUUCUCCCCCUCACAGAUAAAUUAAUAAUAAAAUAAUUUUCACAGAGGUGAAAUUAUGUAUUGGUCCUUCUAGUCUCGUUCUACCCGCCCUCAAAUACAUUUGAACAAUUUCAUUGUGAGUCAAGAAUGAAACAUGCUGUUAGUCUCCUUUGCAGAGAAGGUGCUUUCGUAGCUGAUGGAAGAGGAAUUGUUCUAUAUAUUGAGUACUGCUUUUGCUUGUACAGAACUUGUAAUCAGUGUAAAAAUAAGGUGCUUGACUGCAAUGGACUAUAGCCUGACCCUCUACAACUGCUUAGAAACUUCUUAUGUUGGUUUUGCUAGUCUGAGAUUAUUUUAAUUUAGGACACUGUAGAGAUCCUUAUUCAAGUUUCCUUUCCUCUUUACCCUGACUUAUCUUCCUUUUAAUGGGGAGAAAGAUCUACUCAGGGGAUGCAAACCACAGCUUUUUUUUUAUAUUAUCAACCAAUAAAAAGAUAAUUUGGGAUCUCUUAUGUAGAAAUCUUUCUGUUGCUUUUCUUUGUCUGAUUUAGGUGAUGAAAAAUGAUGGUUUUGUGAUGUGACACAGUAUCUUGGCUGAAACAUGUCAAUAUGAGCUCAUUGCAGGAGUGAUGGGAAUUGGCAGUUGUGAGGGUUCCCUAGGUAAGUGAGAGAAGGUAUUUUCAGGUGAGAAACUUGAGCUUUUCACAGUACUCCACAGGCUCUGAUGGCUCUGUUAGGAGUGAGUCAUCGUCUUGUCAAGGAUUCUCUUAAGAUCAGGAUACUGUGUGUAUUAUAAUGGAUUGAUGAUAAGGUCCUGAAAGACUUUACCAAAAAAAAAAAAAAAGCAGAGGAUGUCUGCUUACAGUGAAAUGGGGAAGCUGUGCUGGUUUAUUUUGCUUUUUCCCUGCAGCAACAGAAGCUACCAAGUUUCCUGGGCUUCCCAAGGUCAUGUUCUGGAUUGCAGCCAACUGUUGAUCCGUAUGAAAGAAAUGUAAUUGAAUAAUCAUCAUAAUUUUCUUUCUUUUUACUGCUACUCAGCUGCAAGCCUGUCUUCUCUCUCUUUCUCUUUCUCUCACUCUUUCUGUCUCCAACUUUGCUCACAGUGCUGAGCCUACAGCUAGACUUUGAGCUUUAUAGCUCAAUGUGUUGCUUUUGAACCAGUCGAAUCUGAUCAUUUUCUCCUUCCUAAUUUGCCCUCCAAUCUUCCCUUCCCAGUAGGAGUGCCUUACAGUACUGUAUAUUAGUGUCUGUCUUCUUGUUUUGGCUUUCCUGAUUGAAUCUGCUGUUCGAUUAACUGAUAGGCUUAAACGGAAACUCUUCUGUGGCUGCACAUGCUCUUUUGCAGGGGCAGCCGAGUAAAUCAGUUGGCUCAUUCCGCCCUCAUGAAGUAAGCUCUACAGGCUGCGUAUGCCAGCUCUGAAGACACCAAGCUGCAUGGUAACUCCUCACUUUUGCUCAAAUUUGGUGCCUUAAAUUUUCAAAAGUGAAGAAUUUUGUCAGAAAUGCUGUGCCGUGGUGCAGCGUGUUUGGCACUGGAGCUCAAAACCCUUGCUCAUGGCAGUUUCCCUCUUGCUAGGAGUGGUGACUGUAAAAUUUGCCUACUAUCUGUGCUCUGGGAGAGAAAGAGGCAAAAAGAUAACAUGGAGGUGGGUUUUAUUACCUGUAUUUCAGAGGCUAGCUGGGCUUCUCUUCAUCCAGAAGGGCAGUUGUGCUUAUAUAAUGAUGGCAAACACCGGGCAUAAUACAGGAUCAGGUCACGUGCAGUUUUGCUCCUUCUGGAGCUACUGGCCAGCCCAUGGCAUGUGGUGAGGGGCUUCCCUGGAGCGCUCCCUGGCACAGCUGGGUCCUGUGGGAGUAAGGACAUUUCCCCAAAGCUUAGAUCUGAUGCAGCCUGGUUCCCUGAAGGCUAAGCCAGUGAGGGUUUGGUCAGCUUUACCUUACAGAGAGGGUUAACCUGCAUAAAGUUCAGCAUUAUUUGCUAAAGUAUGCAGCUAACUCUUCCAGCAUCUGUCAGCCUUGGGCACGUGUCCGUGCUGAUUGUGAUCUUUUAAGUCCACCAGUAGCAGGAAUCCUGUUUGGCACCUGCAGUGCUGUCGCUGCAUUUUAGCAGUGUAGCGAGGAGACAGCCUGGGUGACAAUGUGCAAAGACUUUCUUUACCUGAGAACUCUGGUGUGCACACACGGGCUUGGGUCAUAUCUUAAAAUGCCAAUUUCCUUCCAGUUCCUUAGGGUGGCCCUUAAUCCAAAUCACAAAGAUGCCACUUGUGAGAAAUCCAGCCUGGAAAGCUAUCAGCUGCUUAGGGCCAAAGGGGAUUAGGUCUCAUCUACGUGCAGAAGUAUCAGUGGCUCAAUUAUUUAUUUAUUCAUUUGUUAUCUGUGCAUUAAACCAAUAGAAUCCUUGAAUACACAGCAUUUUUUUGGUGGAAAAGAGAUUUGUUUCUGUUUUGCUUAUGAAUUUGACUACAAAGUCACUCUUACUUAAAGCGUGUUUUCAGACUGAAUUUUAAUGGCAUUGAUACCUGUGAUAUCGGGUUUACUUAUACUGUACUAUAUUUGAGCUAAGCUAAAAAUGAGGGUACGUGAGCAAAUGUGUAUUUGAAGGGGUGUAUGUGAUAAAGACAGCUUCCAAAUCAGCUUUAGUUCAGUCGAGGCAGUUAGAAGCUGGAGGAAGCCAGGCUUAAGCUUCCUUGGCAACCCGGGCUUUCCUUCCUGCCGGGGCACGAGCUCACCUGCAGCACUUGCAAUGGAUUUUAGCAUUACUGGCAGCGCACACUGAGUUUUUUGAAACCAUUAUUCGUGUAUGCUACUCUGUUAACUUAUUUGCAAUGUCAUUAUGUGUGUUUCAUUGUUCUUAUCUUUGUUUUGGUUUUUUUUUUUUUUACUUUUGACAAGGAUUUUUUAAACUUAUCUGCAGCAACUAGGCAAUAGUCUUAAUUUAUUUUUGAUGUGUAAUGAUGUUAUGAUUUAAAUUCAGUGAGUUGAAUUGCUUGUUGACACUUGAGCAGGGUUUAUUUGGGUUCAGUUGUGAUGGCAUCAGAGCACCAGUCCCUCAUGUAUAAAGGCAACUCUCAAUAAACA